AAUUUACCACUGACCAAAGAGCAUCGAAGACAGUUUAGCGUUGGCUCGAUUAGCCACAGUUUGGACAUUUUCCCAAAAUUCAAACGUGCCAUUAUAUUGGCUCAAUUCUUUAGAAGAAUUCGUGUUCAGAAGUGGACGUAUUUAGCUGUAACGAAGAUACAACGCUGAACGUCGACUUUAGGUGCGUCAUAUUUAGCCUGCAAUCAAAGGGAUUUUUUUUUCUCUUCAGCAACUUUGCCGACACUGACCAUCUCAUCGUGCCUCAGCAUUCACUUCUGUGACGGGUACACACGGUUUUCCUAUCACUUUCUGCGCUUGGAUUUUAUAAACCGUGGAACGCAGUCUGACUGAAGCGUGACCAUGGAUUUCUCCCACUCCCACACCCACACACCCCCACUGCGCUCUCUGAGGAACACAGGCUUCGCCUCCUCCCACUCCCACACCUCCACCUCCACCUCCACACCCCCAACAUGCGCUCUGGAGAACACAGGCUACACCUACUCCCUCAGCUCCAGCUACACAUCCUUGCCCUCCAAGCUCCAGAAGGAGAAGCGGGUCGCCGCCGCCGCCGCGUUCGACCCCCCCAAAAUGUCCCGCCGGAGCCUGCGGCUGCACACCACGGGCGGUCACUAUGGCGACGACAGCCUGCUGGACUCCUCCCUCAGCCACAGCGUCACCUACGCUUCCAGUUCGGCCAGUCGCAGGGACUCCAGGACGCUGAAGAGCAGGAGGCAGCACCAGUCGCUGUCAAGCUCCCAGUCGCUGCUGCACACCCCGCGCAAGUCUCAGUCUGGCGCCGCCCUGCUGGCCCACACCAGCCUGCACAGCUGCGCUGCCAGUGACUCCUCCCUGCUCUCCACCAUGCUGGACGAGUCGUGCAUUCAGGAGCGCACGCUGGUCGACAGCUUCUGGGGCUUGGAUGAGGAAACCGAUCUCAGAGAUCAGAGCCUGCGUGCGGACCGCAGUGUGGCGCUGGUUAAUGGGGACACAAACUCGGCUCAGACUCAGACCUCCGUGCUCAACGGCUACAUCUGCGGGGACUGCAGCGUGCACUCGGAGAGGAAGGACGCCCUCACCGCCUACUCUUCCUCCAGAAACAACUCCUCCUCCUCCUCCUCAUGCGCCGCAGUGUCGCGCUCCGCCCACACAGACUCCGCCUCCGCUGCCGCCGCGGCCUCCUCCACCACCAUCUACUCCCGUGACAAAAGCCGCAAGCACAAGACAGGUCUCCUGGCGUCGGCGACAAACCGCUUCCUGCUCUACAGCAGGAGUGCGCUGGUCUGCCUGGUUUCCGUGGCGACCCUGCUGGCGCGCAGCAUUCCGAUACAGAGGCUGAAGGAGAGCAGAGGUGUGCUGGCGUCCCUCUCAGAGUCCUGCCUGUGCUUCAGCAGGAGGGCUGCUUCCUCCAUCGCUGCCUUUGCCACCUCGUUAGUGCGCAGUGUCCUUCUGAAGAUGUACCUGGCAGGAAGUGAUGUCAGUGACCGAGCCCACCAGCGCUACUGCGGGAGCGUUAAUGUCAAUCACCUGACGGCCGCUGACGGACAGCUCACUUUAAAUGGGUCUCUGUGUGACGACUGCAAAGGGAAGCAGCACCAGGAGACCCUGGCGGUGCGGGCGCGGUCCUCCAGGGCAGGCCGCCUGAUGGGGGCGCUGUGGGGCGCCCUUGCUUUCGCAGGUGCCUCUGUGCUGCGGGCGGGUCCAGCGCUGGGAUUGGCGGGCUGGUCUGCGGCCUCCUCGCUGCUGUCUGUCCUGCAGGCGGCCGCCGCGUCUCCAGGUAAAGCUGUCACCGGAGCCUUCUGGUGGCUGGGCACCGCCUGGUACCAGCUGGUCACCCUGGCGUCCCUGCUCAACGUCUUCAUCCUGACCCGAGUUCUGCCCAAACUCUGCAAACUGCUGCUGUUCCUGCUCCCGUUGCUCCUACUUCUGGGUGUGUGGUUCUGGUGUCCGGCCUCCAUGCUGGCCUACCUGCCCGUCGUCAACCUGACGGCCUGGAGCACGGCCUCGCACCUACCCUGGGCUGGGCCCACAGCGCCCUCUGCAGCGCUGGAGGAGCUGACUCACCCCACCACCGCUCUACCACCAACUGCCUCACAGGCAGGGAACGCACACUUCACCGCUGCUCCCCCACAGCAGGUGGGCGUGGCGGUCUCGGUGGACGCAGAGCGGCUUUCCCGGCUGGAGCAGAGCCUCGCCCGACUUUGGGAGGCGGUGCGGGGCGGGGCCCGGCUGCAGGAGGAGCAGCACGGGGAGGUGCUGGGGCUCUACGCCUCCCUGCGGGAGCAGCUGGACAUGCAGACGGACAGGGAGAGCCUGGGCCUGUGGGUGUCGGGCCUCCUGGACCAGCGGCUGGGCCUGCUGAGCAGCGAGCUGGAGCAGGGCGAGGAGAGGGAGGAGGAGGCCCAGCAGCAGUACGCGCUGCAGCAGCAGAGUCAUGAGUCCCGAUUGGCUGAGAUGGAGACGCUGCUGCAGGCGCUGACGGCCAAGACUGAGGACCUGCAGCAGAGACCAGAGACGGCCACAGCAGCAGCUCCAGUGAGUGUGGGCAUGGACAGCGAGACCCACAGCGCCCUGCUGGGGCAGGUGCAGAGGCUGGAGGCGGAGCUUGCCCGCAUCAGGCAGGACCUGCAGGGCGUGAUUGGCUGCCAGGGACGGUGUGACCAGCUGGACAGCCUCCACGACACGGUGUCUGCGCAGGUGAAGCAGGAGCUGCGGGCGCUGUUCUACGGCUCUGCGCAGGAGGGGGAGGAGGAGGAGGAAGAGCUGCCGGCGCCUCUGCUGCCCUGGCUGUCCGCGCAGUUCGCGCGCGGCUCGGACCUGCGCGCCUCCCUGGCCUCUCUGGAGAGGAGCAUCCUGGGUAACCUGUCCCUGCAGCUGGAGCAGAGCAGGCAGCCGCCCGACGCAGACGCCGUCGCCCACACCGUGGCCAGCGCCGUGGGGGCUGCUGGGAUGUCUGAGGAGCAGGUGCAGCUGAUCGUGAGGAACGCUCUGGAGCUCUACUCCCAGGAUCGCACCGGCCUGGUGGACUACGCCCUGGAGUCUGGAGGUGGAAGUGUCCUGAGCACACGCUGCUCAGAGACGUUCGAGACUAAGACGGCGUUAAUGAGCCUCUUCGGCCUGCCUCUCUGGUACUUCUCCCAGUCACCCCGCGUCGUCAUACAGCCUGACGUCCACCCCGGGAACUGCUGGGCUUUCAAAGGCUCCCAGGGCUACCUGGUGAUCCGGCUGUCUAUGAGGGUUCGGCCCACGGCCUUCUCCCUAGAGCACAUCCCCAAAUCCCUGUCCCCCACCGGCAACAUCAGCAGCGCCCCCCGCGAGUUCACCGUUUAUGGUCUGGAGGAUGAGGCCCAGGAGGUGGGAGAAGUGCUGGGUCAGUACACCUACCAGGAGGACGGCGACUCCCUGCAGACCUUCCCCAUUACGGUGCAGAGUGUGCAGCCCUACCAGAUCAUUGAGAUGCGCGUGCUGUCUAACUGGGGCCACCCGGAGUACACCUGCCUGUACCGCUUCCGCGUACACGGGGAGCCCGCCCCUCUCCCCGAGGGGAGGGGCCAGUGACGACAGCUCAGUGGGAGGGGGGAGGUCACUGAAACCGGGUCUUAUGAUGUUGAAAUAAAGACACUUUUUUUUUUUUUUUUUAAAUGAGUGACUGUAAGUCGCUCUCCAAACCCAGCACUUGACUUGUGGCACCCAAACGCUCCUCUGGGAGAGCCUGGAUCCUGCUGUUUUGGGGGGGGGUCUGGCCAGGACGCGCUGCCGCCCUCUCGCCCACCUCAGCCCUGCCACUGGGCUCUUCCCUCCCCAGCUCCACCCUGCCUCCAGCCACGCCCCCCCCCCCCCCUUUCGCUGUUUUUAAACCCCUCUCUUUUAAUCACAUUCACGCGUAUGCUAUCAAUGGGCCCGCCCCCUUCGCUUCUCCCACCAAUGGCCUGCAGCGGAGGGCGGGGACUCGUCUGCCCCCUGAAGCGGGCCUGCACUUCCUGUGUAUGCGAACCCAACGCACAGCUACCGUCCUGUUGAGAAUUCUGCUGCCGUCGCUUCCCAGCCUGAGGAACCGCAGAAGGGAUCGUGGCUUUCAUUCGGACUCUCCUCAAGCUUUGCUUGUAAAAACGAGCGCGCUGCAGUCAGAUCCAGCCCCUCUACACGGGCCCAUAACGCAUUUAACACAACCAUCCGGCCAGUCUUUGAAUGCAUCGUCAUUCCAGAUACACGCCACAUCGGAACUCAUCGGUUACACCGCUAUUUUUCUUUCUUUUAACGGUUAUGACAUCUGACCUGGACCACUGGAGGCUGCUGGAAGCACGCGUUGCAGCGUCUGUAGAGAGACGGCUCUCCAUGCCUAGAAUCCAGACUCCGCACCCUGGCGCCCGCUGUCCCCAAAGGUCUGACUCGGACCAUAACGGUGUUGCCAUCUCUCCCAGAGAAAGACCACGCGGGAAUCUGAGCUGUAUAUUUUGUUAAUAGUUUUUUGAAAUCUGCUGAUAUCAGUGUUGCAUUCAUUGUGUUUUUAUUUUAAUUUUUAAACUGGUAAUACUGAAGGAUGUGUCACUACGACUACAGAAAGGUGUGCUGGACAGAUCCAAUCUGAAUGAACACAUUGGACUAUAAGAUGAUGACAAUCGGAAGGUUAAAUAAGCCCUUUUGUUUCUUUGGUAUGACCCUUUACAGGAUGUGUUUAACUAUUUAUUUCUGUUACGAGAAAAGAUAGGACUUGAUGCAAUGUAUUUUUGUAAGAGGCUUUUCAAACUAUUUUGUAAUUGUUAUGGGCGGGACAAUAUAGGGUGUUACUGUUUUUAUAUCGUUUUCAUUUUUGUCUUUGCAUAAGAUUAAUAAACUGCCAUUGAAUAUGUUGAAAUAAAAGAAAUUAAUUUUUGAGA